AUGAGCUGCGCACAGCACAUAUUGAGCCACAACGCCCAGUCACAUCUGAGCCUUCGCCGCCGACGGAGGAGCAAAAUCCGACCGAACAGCUACAGAGAGUCAACAUUGCUGCAAACCCAUGAAGAGAGUCCUCUAAAGCCAGACGUCCAGCCGGGAUCUCUACCGGAGUAUGGGCCUCCUUUACCAGGAUUCAAAUACUGCGUCUCUAAGGAAUUUGGUACAAAUUUCCUGUGGUACGUCUGGAAGUGGCCCGCGAACCCCGAAUUCUGCGGUGCACCUGUCGAAGACGACGACUUAGAAGAGAGAUACUCCAAGACAUGGUACAAGGCUUAUGACGAUUGGAUCGAUCGUUAUACGGAAGCUUACAGGGACCAUAUGGAAAUGUGCUCCAAUAAUCCGGUACUCGACACGGCCCAGGAGUUGAACCUCUGGGGAUUUGAAGGCACGCUUUUGGCUGCGGGUUUGGCCCUGCAGGAUGGCGUUCACGGGGUGGGUUACGGGGCAGAAACAAGUGACGGCUCGUACGCUCAUCAGUACGAAUCCGAACGCGAGGGCACCGAAAGCAUUGGAAAGACUCUGGGACGCUACAUUGAGACGAGGAUAUUUGGUCAAGAUCUGGACAUUGGGGCAUGA